ACGCUUACCACAAAGAAAAAUAAAUUCCAAUCAACAUUAUGUAUCAGCUUUACAGAGAACAGAGGAAUACCUCGAAGAUUUGCACGGAGAAGACACGUGUCCUUCCGUUUAGAUGCCAGCCAUCCUUGCGCUUGCGCAGUUGCGGCUUCGCCUAUUUGGAGCCUCCAAAAUCCAAAUUCCAUCCGCGAACAGCACGAACACCCUCCCCUCCGCUUCAACUCCAAAGCAUCGCCCAUUGCUUGCCUCGCAAGAUGCUCCCGCCGCAACUCCCUAAACCCGCGCACCUCUCCCUCUUCUCCACCGCCAUCAGCUGCAGCCGUGGCUCCGUCAUCUGCAGCGGCCGUCGCCGCGGCCGCCGCCCGAAGCCCAAGCCCAUCGCAUUGCCCCCUGCGCCGCUCCGUCGCCUGGUCUCCUCCUCCCUCCGCCGCCUCCUCCCGCGCCCGCGCCUCCUCGGCGGCGGAUGGCUCGGGCGCCAGGGAAGGAGAGGGUGGAAGGCGCCCGCUGAGGAAAUCGCGCUGCUGGUCCUCUCUCUGGCGUUCGGCGACAGGCUCACCGUCCUCGCGGAGUCCUGGCGCGCGUCGGGGCUGGGCCAGGCGCUCGGCAUCUGGGCGGCGUUGUGGGGGAGAGGGAGGAGGAGGAGGAGUAACGGGCUCCGAAGGCUCGCGGCGCUCUUUCUCGGGAUCGCGUUCUGCGCGCUCGUGUCCCAUUUCAGGGGCGCGGCGCUCUUGGAAGGCCUCGGAAAGACGUCGGGCGCCGGCCGGAAAUUAGCGCGGAUUUUGCUGCAUUGAUUGAUAAAUUUUCUCUCGUCGAUUUCUCGUGGUUUUACUGCACAAAUUCUGGACUGAAGCGUCAGGAUCGUAGGUUUCCUUGCUCGGAUGGGAUGUGUACCGGACUGUGGCGUCAGAAUCGUAGGUUUCCUUGCUUGGAUUGAUUGUGCUAUUAAACUGUGAACAUGAUUUUGCAUCGCAUUUGUUGAUCUAUUUAGAGGCACAUUGUUGUUCGUCCUGCUGAAUUGAGUACUCUAAAUUUGGAGUAGCUUGGUGGGACAGAGCUGGUUUUGUUGAGUAAUAUGGGAAUAGCUAUGAGUUUGCUCGUUUGUUCUGAAA